AUGGUUCAGUCUGCCCAAAUCACCAAGUUGGCCACGCGGGUUGCAGAGGAAGAUGACUCCAUGGCUGUUGAAGAGGAUGAUGCGGUGGCGGUGGGGGAGGAUAAAGCUGACGAGGUGCCGGAUGCUGCGGUUUUGGACACCACUACUUGUGCUGGUUCGUUAUCUCCGCGGGGAUACAAUGGGAGGUGCAGCGGGGAAAAUGGAGGGCAUGGGGUUGCGGAGACACUACACCUGGAUCAGGUAGCAAUCCUAGAACAAGGCGACCGUCGUGUUAGAAGGCGGGGUGUCCGUGCCCCGGUCCCUUCGGAUAGAGAACUCAGGAGACUCAAAAAAUUAGUUUACAUGCACAAAUUAGCUGUAGUGGGGAUCUGCGAGCCCAAGUUCCCUGUGACUGAAGUUGAGUCGAUUCGUAUUCGUUUAAAAUUAGAUUCUGUAGUGUGCAAUUCCUCAAGGGAGUUAGCCGAACGGGAACGGCUCUGGGAGGGUUUGUUGCAAGAUAAGCCACGGCAAGGGCCUUGGUAUGUGGUGGGGGAUUUCAAUCUCACAUUAUCGGCAGAUGAAAAGAGAGGGGGGAGGCGUUUUCAGCCGACGAAGGGGUUAGAGUUGUCUCGCUUUAUGUAUGAUGGAGAGGUGUUUGACGCGGGAUUCACUGGACCCACGUUCACCUGGUGUAAUAAUAGGCUCGAGCGAGCACGAAUCUGGAAACGUCUAGACAGAGUGUUGGUUAAUAUGGCAUGCUUGGAAUUUUCCUUAUCAGUCUCGGUCUCUCAUUUAGUCCGUGCACCCUCGGACCAUGCACCGCUCCUGAUAUCUUUCACCCCUAGGGCCAACAUUCGGUGUCGCUCGUUCCGUUUCCUAAACAUCUGGCCGGCCAGGAGGGAUUUUCUUGAUGUGAUCAGGUUGGCGUGGCAAGUUGAGGCAAUAACGUCACCUCUUUAUGUGGUGUGGACAAAAUUAAAGAGUGUAUCUCAGGACCUACAUCUGUGGAAUAAGGAGACCUUUGGGAAUGUUUUUGAGAAUGUAAAAAAAUGGGAAGCUGCGGUUACGACGGCUGAUCUCAGGGUCCAAUCUGAUCUGUCCGUCGAGGCCUUUACUGAACUACAGCGGGCUCAAAGCCACUUGAAUAAACAGUUAGCAAUUGAAGAUCUUUUUUGGAGACAAAAGGCUAGGAUCAAGUGGCUUCAGCACGGUGAUCUUAAUUCAAAAUAUUUUCACUCGGUUGUCAAGCAGCGGAGGAUCCAAUCUUUUAUUCACAGGAUUAGGGACUCUCGAGGGAAGUGGGUGACAAAUGAUGCAGAGAUAGGGAAGGAAGCUGUCAGAUACUUUGGUGACCUAUUCACGGCCGGUCCUAUUGUCGAUUAUCAUCUUCUUCAUGUUAUUCCUAAUUUGAGUUCAGAAAUUGAUAAUACCAUUCUGGAGGAGGUCCCCUCCUUCGAAGAGGUACGCAAGGUGAUAUUCGAGAUGGAUGGUGAUAGUGCGGCUGGUCCAGAUGGUUUCACUGGUAAAUUCUUUGUGACUGCCUGGGAGGUUGUGGGUCAGGGUGAUCCGUUAUCACCGGCAUUAUUUAUCAUCAGUUUGGAGGUUCUAUCCCGAGACUUGAAUUCUCUUGUCAAUCAAUCCAGUUUCACGGCGUUUAAGGUUCCUAAGCAUUGUUUCCCUAUCACCCAUUUGGCAUUUGUUGACGAUGUCAUCAUUUUUGCUAAUGGGGGUGCGACUUCCCUAAAGAGAGUAAUGCAGAUACUUGAAUGGUACCAGCAUGAUUCAGGGCAGUUGGUUAACGUGCACAAAAGUGGAUACUUAGUUCACCCUCAUCUUUCCCCGGCUCGGCAAGGGGUCAUUGCGCGGAUCACCAGAUUCCAGAAGAAAGUGUUCCCAAUUCGGUACCUGGGAGCACCUCUGUUUAUUGGUCGCGCGAAGGUGAGUUAUUUUUCUGACCUGCGUCAGAAGGUGCUUGACAAGGUUUUGUCUUGA